CCCCCUCGCUCCCCCACACCAGACGCCACCGUUUUCUUGCUCCUUCAUCGAUCGCAAACCAGCUAGGCGUAGCCUUGUCUUCAUCGGCUCCGGCGGCACCAUGGCUCACCCGUUCCGCGCCGCUGUCCUUCUUGUCCUCCUGGUCGUGUCCGUCGCCGUGCUCGCCGCGCCGGCGUCGGCGUUCACAGGCGUGAAGGGCGCUGGCGACCUGGGCCAGCUGGGCGCGGUCGUGAUGCGGCGUGGCGGGCGGGCGUGCCGUGGCUCGGUGGGCGAGUGCAUGGAGUACUUCGACGUGGACGCGGAGGGCGGGGACGACGUCGCGGCCAUGGUCACCGGCAAGCGUCGGGUGCUGCAGAGCGGGUCCGGGUACAUCGGCUACGACGCGCUGCGGCGGGACAGCGUGCCGUGCUCGCAGCGCGGGGCCUCCUACUACAACUGCCAGCCCGGCGCCGAGGCCAACCCCUACACCCGCGGCUGCAGCCAGAUCACCCAGUGCAGGGGCUAGCCGCUUCGAUCGCUCGCUCCAGUUCAUUGCAGCAGGAUUAAGGUUAAUCGUCGAUUGCUGCUUGAUGGUGAUGUUUAAUUAAGAGUGUGGUGUUGUCCAGCUGGGCGUGGAUGACAGAUCGUGCAGUGGAUAUGUGUCUGUUCUGUUCCAGCUUCCUGCAGGGUGAAAGUAAAUUAAGCUUGUGUAAUUCUUGUGUCUUUGGUUUUACAGCUAAUGAAUUUGCUGUGUAUUUCA